UAUUUCCACCUGCCUGUCACCAGUGUCUCUUUGUUUCCUUCAUAACGGCUGUGUUUUCACCUUAAUUAACCCUUUCUAAGCGCCGGAAGGAAAGGGAUAAGAUGUGUAUCAGUAUUAUAUACUUACGCUGCAACUCGCCCCUGAGAGAGAGAGAGAGAGAGAGAGAGAGAGAGAGAGAGAGAGACCCAGCUGAGCUAGCUGCCUCGCUCCUCCGCGCUUCAGAAGUACGGUGCAGACAAGACACAGCCGCCAGCCAUGCAUUACUACCCUUCCAGAUAAAGGGAAGCAGCAGAGAGGCAAACAGCGUGAAGGAAGCCAGCAAGACAGAGGCAGGCAGCCUCAAAGAAGGCCACCAAAACAGAGGCAGGAACCCUCAACCAAGGUUACCUCAGAGCAACACACGCCUCACAUCCCACCAUGGCAUCCAAUUCACAUCACCUCGUGAAAGAAUCUCUUGAGGCAAUUAAACACCAGCCAACAGCGGAGCUGGUCACUGCUGUAAGGGAAGGAGACGAGGCAGGGGUGAUGUCAGCACUUAACAGGGGUGCCCGGCCCGAGGUCACCGUCUCCACUAAUGCUGGGGUGUCAUGGAGUCUGCUGACUGUGGCUGCCAGCAAGGGCCACGAGCACCUGCUCUCUCACUUACUGCAGGCGGGGUUAAGCAUAGAAGGUGGAGGCACCACUGACAGGACACCGCUGAUGAUAGCUGCCCUCCGUGGCCACGCCCGUACAGUGAAGGCGCUCCUGGACCUCCGUGGUAACCCUCUGGCCAUCGAUAGUAAAGGAUGGACAGCCCUACACUUUGCUGCAUGGGAGGGCCUCCAGCAGUGUGUGGCGGCCCUCUUGCCCGUCACCCCUCCCACUCCCGCACACCUCGAGGCAUACACCCCGGUGCACGCCGCCAGUUAUCGUGGCCACGUGGAGGUACUGGAGCAGCUGGCAGGUGGUGGCUGGCCCCUCACCGCCAAGAACAGUGAUGGCAACACACCCAUGCACUGUGCUGCGGCCAGGGGUAGAGUGACAUGUGUGCAGUGGCUGGUGCAGCGAGGCGGUGACACAAGCAUGCAAAAUAAUGCUGGACUCACCCCGCUUGACCAGGAGCUGAUCACUGCUGUAAGGGAAGGAGACGAGGCAGGGGUGAGGUCAGCACUUAACAGGGGUGCCCGGCCCGAGGUCACCAUCCCCACUAAUGCUGGGGUGUCAUGGAGUCUGCUGACUGUGGCUGCCAGCAAGGGCCACGAGCACCUGCUGUCUCACUUACUGCAGGCAGGGUUAAGCAUAGAAGGUGGAGGCACCACUGACAGGACACCGCUGAUGAUAGCUGCCCUCCGUGGCCACGCCCAUACAGUGAAGGCACUCCUGGACCUCCGUGGUAACCCUCUGGCCAUGGAUAGUAAAGGAUGGACAGCCCUACACUUUGCUGCAUGGGAGGGCCUCCAGCAGUGUGUGGCGGCCCUCUUGCCCGUCACCCCUCCCACUCCCGCACACCUCGAGGCAUACUCCCCGGUGCACGCCGCCAGUUAUCGUGGCCACGUGGAGGUACUAGAGCAGCUGGCAGGUGCUGGCUGGCCCCUCACCGCCAAGAACAGUGAUGGCGACACACCUAUGCACCGUGCUGCCGCCGGGGGUAGAGUGACAUGUGUGCAGUGGCUGGUGCAGCGAGGCGGUGACACAAGCAUGCAAAAUAAUGCUGGACUCACCCCGCUUGACCAGGAGCUGGUCACUGCUGUAAGGGAAGGAGACGAGGCAGGGGUGAGGUCAGCACUUGACAGGGGUGCCCGGCCCGAGGUCACCGUCCCCACUAAUGCUGGGGUGUCAUGGAGUCUGCUGACUAUGGCUGCCAGCAAGGGCCACGAGCACCUGCUGUCUCACUUACUGCAGGCGGGGUUAAGCAUAGAAGGUGGAGGCACCACUGAAGAGACACCGCUGAUGAUGGCUGCCCAGAAUGGCCACGCCCAUACAGUGAAGGCGCUGCUGGACCUCCGUGGUAACCCUCUGGCCAUGGAUAGUGAAGGAUGGACAGCCCUACACUUUGCUGCAUGGGAGGGCCACCAGCAGUGUGUGGCGGCGCUCUUGCCCGUCACCCCUCCCACUCCCGCACACCUCGAGGCAGAUACUCCAGUGCACGCUGCCGGUUAUCGUGGCCAUGUGGAGGUACUGGAGCAGCUGGCAGGUGCUGGCUGGCCCCUCACCGCCAAGAACAGUGAUGGCGACACACCCAUGCACCGUGCUGCGGCCGGGGGUAGAGUGACAUGUGUGCAGUGGCUGGUGCAGCGAGGCGGUGACACAAGCAUGCAAAAUAAUGCUGGACUCACCCCGCUUGACCAGGAGCUGGUCACUGCUGUAGAAAAAGGAGACAAGGCAGGGGUGAGGUCAGCACUUGACAGGGGUGCCCGGCCCGAGGUCACCGUCCCCACUAUUGCUGGGGUGUCAUGGAGUCUGCUGACUCUGGCUGCCAGCAAGGGCCACGAGCACCUGCUGUCUCACUUACUGCAGGCGGGGUUAAGCAUAGAAGGUGGAGGCACCACUGAAGAGACACCGCUGAUGAUGGCUGCCCAGAAUGGCCACGCCCAUACAGUGAUGGCGCUGCUGGACCUCCGUGGUAACCCUCUGGCCAUGGAUAGUAGAGGAUGGACAGCCCUACACUUUGCUGCAUGGGAAGGCCACCAGCAGUGUGUGGUGGCCCUCUUGCCCGUCACCCCUCCCACUCCCGCACACCCCGAGGCAUACACCCCAGUGCACGCCGCCAGUUAUCGUGGCCACGUGGAGGUACUGAAGCAGCUGGCAGGUGCUGGUUGGCCCCUCACCGCCAAGAACAGUGAUGGCAACACACCCAUGCACCAUGCUGCGGCCGGGGGUAGAGUGACAUGUGUGCAGUGGCUGGUGCAGCGAGGCGGUGACACAAGCAUGCAAAAUAAUGCUGGACUCACCCCGCUUGACCAGGAGCUUAUCACUGCUGUAGAGGAAGGAAACGAGGCAGGAGUGAGGUCAGCACUUGACAGGGGUGCCCGGCCCGAGGUCACCGUCCCCACUAUUGCUGGGGUGUCAUGGAGUCUGCUGACUCUGGCUGCCAGCGAGGGCCACGAGCACCUGCUGUCUCACUUACUGCAGGCGGGGUUAAGCAUAGAAGGUGGAGGCACCACUGAUAUGACACCGCUCAUGAUGGCUGCCCACAAUGGCCACGCCCAUACAGUGAAGGCGCUGCUGGACCUCCGUGGUAACCCUCUGGCCAUGGAUAGCGAAGGAAGGACAGCCCUACACUUUGCUGCAUGGGAAGGCCACCAUCAGUGUGUGGCGGCCCUCUUGCCCGUCACCCCUCCCACUCCUGCACACCUCGAGGCACACACCCCGGUGCACGCCGCCAGUUAUCAUGGCCACGUGGAGGUACUGGAGCAGCUGGCAGGUGCUGGCUGGCCCCUCACCGCCAGGGACAGUUAUGGCGACACACCCAUGCACCUUGCUGCGUGGGGGGGAUGUGCAGCAGCUGUGCAGUGGCUGGUGCAGAGAGGUUGUGACCCACACGAGCAAUCGAGGGCUGGACGCACCUCGCUGGAGUUAGCCGUGCAGCAUGGCCGUCACGAGGUGGAGUACUGGCUGGUUAAAAAUUGCAGCGGUGUUGUGAGGAGGAAGACUCUGCGUGUGCAGCAAGUGAGGGAGUGGCGGGGCAGGCAUGAACACCACCACAACACAGUCUUGUCCAUGCUGGUGGAGGGCAACGAGGCAGACAUGGCCAACAUCCCCGAGGUUUAUGAUGGUCACACGCUGAGCCAGGAUGGCCUGACGCCUCUCCACGCCGCGGCGCUGUGCGGGGCUCCCAGUGAUGCUGUGGAGGCUUUGCUGCGACGCGGCGUGAGCCCUCAUUUGACCACCCCUGACAACAUGACCCCCGCUGACCUGGCACGGCAGCAAGGCCAAGACUCAGUGAUUAAGGGACUACAGCGCCACCACUGUGUACAGAGCUACAAGCUUCCUGAAGAACUGCAUGAGGAGCUGCUCUCAACAGUCAGUCGCCGGGACGACGUGCAGGCGGUGUCCACCCUCAUAUGUAAGGGCGCGCCCAUAGAGCUCCCGGGUGGCCUUUCUGUCCUCAGACUGGCUGUCACCACCGACCGCAUACACACCGUCAGCCUGCUGCUGGCUAGCGGUGCACCGCUGCCUGCCAGCCUGCUGCAGGAGGCUUGGCAGAGCCCCGACGUGACUCACAGGGUGCUGGCCACCCUCACCACCGCCUACUGCUGCCGGCUGCGUGCAGAGCAGCGUCGCCUGGAAAAGGUCAGCAGCGCCCUUGUCGAGGGCAUCGACAAUCUAGUGACAACCAUCGAGGGAAAUACUCCCUGGCAGGCAGCCUGGCGAUGGGGAAAGGAGACUGACCGGCCAGCACUGAGCGACCUCCUGGCAAAGGCAGCGGCUGCCAACUGCCCCGUGACUGCCGCCUUCCUGCAUAGGGCAGGAGGGUGGACAGUCUUUAAUGGAGCCUCUGGUGGCACUGCCCUCCACGCUACCCUGGAGGCUGGCCACAAAGGCAUGGCCGAGCUGCUGAUCAGGGACCUUGGGGGCUGCCCAUACGUGCCGGACACACAUGGUCGCCUUGCGGUGCACAUGAUGCCUCACGAGGAGCAACAGAGGCUGGAGCAGAAGCUCUUUAUGGCGGAGCGUGAAAACUGAAGGAUAUGGAGCUUCGCUUGAAGGCAGAUCACGAGAAGACCGCAGCACGGACAGCGUUGUGUAUACAGGAGGAUCUUUUUGAGAGCCACAAGAAGGGCGAGGGUAAGAAUGUCUCCUUACCUGAUGGCCACGCUG